UGCAAAGUGAAAAAAAUACAACUAAAAUAUAUAUUUUUAGUUGGUUAUUAGAUUUUGACUGUACGUAAGUUGUAAAAUUAUGGGAGAAAAUGAAGAUGUCAAGAUAAGACUUGCUCGUGCUGAUGAGGAAGAAGCAGUUCGAGAUCAUCUUCGAGCAUUCUUUUACAAACAAGAACCAUGUUGUGAAUCUGUUGGAGUAGUAACGGAAGAUCGACUAAUCUGUCACGAUUUGGAGUCGUUUACACUACAGGAUUUUAAUAAUGGUCUAAAUCUUAUUGCAGAACAUAAUGGAAGGAUUGUGGGAGUUUGUAUUAAUGCAUUAUUGGAAAAAGACAAAUUUGAAUUCGAAGAAUACCCUGUCACGGACGAAAGAUUUGUAAAAGUCUUGCGAAUGCUAGAGUACGCAGAAAGGGAAGUUGAUCUCUUCAAAAGAUAUCCUGACGUUAAUAAAAUACUCAGUAUUUUUGUCCUAUCAGUCGAUGCGUCGCUUAGAGGCAAAGGCAUUGCAAAGAAACUUAGCAAUAAAGCAAAAGAACUUGCCAAAGAACACGGAGCCCAAAUAAUGUUUAUGGAAUGUACCAGUUUCUUUUCAGCCGCUGUGGCCAAAUCUUUGGGAUACGAGUUAAUAUGGUCACUAGAUUACGAAAACUACAAAGUUAAUGAUGAAGUAGUAUUAAAACCUGCUCAUCCCCAUAAAGCUUUGCAACUAUUUGUAUAUAAACUGUGAUAUAAUUAAUUUAAAGUAAGGAAGUUAAACGGAAUGUAAAUAAUGUAAAACAUUAAAUGAAUAGGUGGCGAACACAAGAUUUCAGUACCUGCAAAUUAUCAUUUUUUAUCUAACAUGAUACGUUUUUAUUAUUUGAAUAACUACCUAAUGACUGGUUUAC